CGCCACCGCCAUCGCCACCACCACUGUCCGCAUACGGAGAGGAGCUGCUGGUGGAGCGACGGAGACGAAGAUAGAGAGCGCGCGUGAAGCACUGCCAAGGAAAAUGGCUGCGCGCCUAGCUGGACGGCGACCGGCCGUCCUCGGGGCCAGCCAACGAAGUCUGGCUGGGCUCUGGUUCGGCCUGGGGAUCCUCGUCGCGAGGAGUCUCGCCGUUUCAGCGAUAACGUGCUACUGCGACGGCCACUGCCCGGACGAUCGCCAGAACGGGACGUGCGAGAGUCGCGCGGGCGGCCACUGCUUCAGCGCCGUCGAGGAAGUCUGGGACGCUGAGUCAGAGGAACUCGUUCCCGAGUGGUCCUUCGGCUGCCUACCCCCGGACGAGCAGGGUUUCAUGCAAUGUAAGGGCUACCUGGUGCCCCACCUCCAGGGUAAAAGCAUAGUCUGCUGCAACGGCUCGGACCUCUGCAACAAGGACAUAUUCCCGAUGUACAAGUCGAAACCGACGGUGCCGCCGGAUCCUCGGGCCCUGCGUUCGGGGGCGCCCCUCGUUGUCCUCGCCGUAUCCCUCUCGGUCUGUCUGAUCGUCUUCACCCUGGCGAUGGUCCUCGUGUAUCAGCGCUAUCGUAGAAAGGAGCGCGGCCCGUGCCUGGUGUCCUCCCAAGGCACCCUCAAGGACCUCAUAGACCAGAGCAGCGGAUCGGGUUCGGGGCUGCCGCUCCUCGUUCAGCGCACGAUUGCCAAGCAGCUGGCCCUGUCCCAGUGCGUGGGCAAGGGCCGCUACGGCGAGGUCUGGCUCGCUCGUUGGCGCGGCGAGAAAGUCGCCGUCAAGGUUUUCUUCACUCUCGAGGAGGCUUCCUGGUUCCGCGAGACGGAGAUAUACCAGACGGUUCUCAUGAGGCACGACAAUAUUCUCGGCUUCAUCGCCGCCGAUAUAAAGGGCACGGGCUCCUGGACUCAGAUGCUCCUCAUCACGGACUACCACGAGCGGGGCUCCCUCCACGACUAUCUCCAGACGACGGUCCUCGAUCAUCCCUCGCUCCUCGCCGUCUGCCUCUCCAUAGCAUCCGGCAUCGUUCAUCUGCACACCGAGAUAUUUGGCACAAGGGGCAAGCCCGCCAUCGCCCACAGGGACAUCAAGAGCAAGAACAUACUGGUUAAGCGGAACGGCGAGUGCGCGAUCGCUGACUUUGGCCUCGCGGUGCGCUUCCUCAGCGAAACCGGCGAGAUCGACAUUGCGCCAAACACACGAGUGGGCACGCGCAGGUAUAUGGCCCCGGAGGUACUCGACGAGUCCUUAAAUACGUCCUCGUUCGACGCCUUUAAAAUGGCGGACAUGUACUCGAUUGGCCUCGUCCUUUGGGAGGUCUGCCGAAGGUGCGCCUCGGGCGGUAAGGUGUCUACGGCGGAGCCUUACGCCCUUCCCUACCAUGACGUCGUGCCCAACGACCCCGACUUCGAGGAGAUGAGACUAGCCGUUUGCAUCAAGAGGUUACGCCCGAUCAUACCAGCGAGAUGGGAGAACGAUCCGAUUCUUUCGACUCUCAGUAAACUGAUGAUCGAAUGCUGGCACACAAAUCCAGCGGUUCGCUUGACAGCCCUUCGAGUUAAAAAGACAAUGUCCAAGUUACACAUUGACAAUGCCAUCAAAAUUGUGUAGUGAUUUGCCGGCAUUAGUUGCUAAAACUGUUAUUAUUAUAUUAUUAUUAUUAUUAUUAUUUUCUUUCUUUCUCCUAGUUGGACUGUCAGACUCCUGUAAAUACUCCCACCCUUUUCCCAGUGUACAUAGCAUUAGGUAAUUGCAGACUGCAGCCGAAGACUGACAAUGAGAAUUGAAUAUUAAUCGAUUACGUGUAAAUGAGUGAAGAGAAGAUUAUUAUUAUUGUCCGUGUGGUUUCCCCGUGUGAGUGCGCGCGACGUGCAAUUAUCGAGUAAUAAUAUUACGUGAAUGCGCUAAAGUGUUGUAAUUUUUUAGGUUUUGGAAUAACCGGGCCAAAGACUUACGUUGACGUGAGUUGUAUAUCCUGAAUUUAAACUCAAUCUCAACAAUUUAAUCUCCUAUAAUUAUUAUAGUAAAUUAACAGUAG